AUGAAAGAAAAAGUCUUCGAGCAGCUUGAGAAAUAUUUCUUUAAUCUUCAGUAUGAAGACUAUGAUAAACCUGACCAAAAACUCAUUCAGCUUCUAUCCUUGGAAACUGAAGAAUGCGAAGAACUAUAUCAAAAAGAGCCACAACUUUUUGAUCAAUACUUUAAAGUAGCUAAAGCAAAUGAACCUGAUACCGAAUCAGAACAGGAAGACAAUCCUAACAUAAACGCUGUCAAGUUCGAAUACUCAGAUAGCAACGAAGAAAUGGAAGCAGAAUCUUCAUAUAUGGCCGCAAACAGAGGCGAGAGAAAGAAGAAAAAGAACUAUGAGUUCAAAAUGCCUGUCCAUAAUGGUAUUCCAAAUAGUGGUAAAGGACCCAAUACGAUCAAUGUCCUCAAUAUUGAUUAUGAAUUUGGAAAUGCAAAAAAUGUUCUCCUACUUUUAGAACACAAGACUGAUGGAAUUGUGCAAAAAUUCCUUAGAAAUAAUAAUUGGAAUGAAGAAUUACAUGGAUUAGACCUUUUUGAUAAUCUUAUAAAUGUCAUUUACACUACCUUCUUAGGACUAGAUUAUGUCUCCAAUAAAGACUUCACUAUAAAUAAGAAAGUCGACAUAGCAAGAGUCUCAAUGACAAAACUCCAGUUACAUGAUAUUUGUCUCCUUGACAAAUACACAUGUAGAUAUGAAUCAUAUCUUUAUGAUAUUCCACAGAGAUGUGAAUAUUCACAAUGGAUAUCUGCUUAUCUUAUGAAAAUACCAAUCAUUGGAGAAAUCUGUACUGAAAGAUGGAAAAAAGAAGCCAUUGGAGAAAUUCAGCAAACCAGUCUUUCUUAUGCAACAAAAAUUGCAAAAGAAGAAAUUGACAGAAUAUGUCAAGACAGGUAUAAACAACAAAAGCUUAAAACUAUAAGCAAGGAUUGUUGUAACAUUCUGUCUGAUUUCAAAGAUUUUGAUAUCGGAAGAAAAACUUAUACUAAGAAAAAGUAUAAAGAUAAAAACAAAAAGAAAUACAAAUCUUUUUGGAAGAAGAAAAAGAGAAGAUUUUCUCCAGGAAAAUACUUCAAAAAAUCUUCAAAAGAAACACCUAAAAAGAAUACUUCCUGCCCACAAGGAAAGAAAAAAUGCAGGUGUUGGAUUUGCAACGAAGAAGGACACUACGCUAAUGAAUGUCCAAAUAGGAAAAAGUACCCUGACAAGGUCAAAGUAUUACAAGCCGCUAAUAACGGAGGCUAUGAAGCUCUUGAAGAAGAAUACGACGGUAUACAACGUGUUUUCAUUCUACAUGUUGAUACUAAUUCCUCGUCAUCCUCAGAAGAAGAUGAAACAACUACUGAUGACUCAGAAUAG